CAGAUUACAAAGAAGUUAAAAAGCGAAAACCUCGUAAAGAUGAUCCGGUCGACAUGGGUAAGAUCCCCUUUUCAAUUCUGUGAAAUAAAUACAGAGUAUUUGUGUUGAUGUUGUGUACUCAGGUGAAUAUGAUGUUUGUGAUGUUACUAGAGUAACAGCGCAAACAUCAAAUACAGAGUAAAUCAAAUGAAUAUCAUUCAUUCUCUUUCUUGUAGAAUCCGCUGCAAAGAUGUGGAACGCGCCAGAGAAAUCGGGUUAGUUUAUUGAAUGUCGUUGUAAUACAUAUGGGGAAUAUCAUGAGUAACCUUGUCUUUCAUUUCUAUUUCCAGAAGUAAGCACGACUCAGCCUGAAUCUUCGGAUUCCUCCGACGGAGGCAAACGACGUGAGACGAUGGUGAUCUCGUCCGAUUCCGGCAGCUCCGGUGACGGUAAGUAGAUUAUGUAGUUUGUUAAGAUGGAGUAGCCAAAGCCCACAAGUUAUCACUAAUUUGAUUGUAUAUUUCAGAAUCUGGGUCUUGGGAACAGAAAUCAGAGAACGGCGUUCAAAAACAAAAAGUAACAGGUAUUUAAUUGCUGAAAUAUUAAAAAGAUGAAAUGACCCUUAGUAACAUUCUACCUUUAUAAUGGAAGUAAGUUGAAGAAGCCUCUUCUCAGUUUUAAGAGGUCGGGGUAGAGCGUCCUCUAGAUGACUUUUCUUCACUUUCUAGCUCCUCUUUAUGCAUCGGAUGGACCAAUGCACAGUACACCAUUAGGUAGGUUCUUCAUCUUGUAUAUUUUAUAUUUAAUUUAUGUUUAAAUAUUGCCAGUUAAGGGCAGUUUGUCAUUUGUCAGCUGUGCUGUUUGCAAAUAAUUCUUACGGUACGUUUACACACAACUAAUCGGCCCGAUCAAAGAUUAGAUACGAUAAAUAUGUGCCACUCUGCGAAAAUUUUGUCCGAGAUUUUUUUAUAGCCGUCAUUUUGCCAGUAACUAGAUAAGUGUCAAAUCCAACGCCAUUAGUCUCUAAAUGGUAAAAUCCAACGCCAUCAGUCUCGCCGCCAUUUUGGCAGUGUUAUGCACUCGUCAUCUCGCGUGAUCACUCGUGAUCAGCACGGAAAAUUACGGACACGCAAACAUUAGGGAAAUACGUCGAGUGGCAAAUCUUUAUCGUAUCUAAUCUUUGGCCCGAUUCAGCUUUAAUUAAAUGAUAUUUGAAAAUAUAUGCUGUCAACGUCAUCUGAUGACAUCGUCAACAGACAACAUUCGUCAUUAACAUUCGGCAAAACCUGAAAUCGGCCCGAUUACUCGUUGUGUGUAAACGUAGCUUUUACUGAUUAGUGGCUUUCAGUGAUCGUUACAAGACAGAAGAUGGUGAUCAACGUCAGAAGUUAUGACAGUUUGUGCAAGCAAGCAGACUACAUCUGAAUAUGUCUUUCUGUUUCAGAACUCGAGCAAGAGAAGGCGCGGUUACUAAAGAAGAAACCACUGACUGACACACCUGUCGCUACAGUCGAGCCACUUCCCCGGCCUAGGAUGCCUUCGAUAUUAAAGAACGGUACGGCACGUGGAAACGAGGCGUCACAGCCAGAGCAGCCAUCACCUCAACUUGUGGCUAAACCUGUGCCCGAGAUGACGAAGGCGGGGUCUGAGGCGAGUUCUGGCAGCUCAUUAAGCUCUUUGAGUGAUGAUGACAAUGAUCUGUAAGUAGUGGGCAAUAAAUUUAAACUAAACUAACUUUAUUUAAAUACUGGAUAACUCUACCAGUUUUAAACUGUUUUCCCUCGUUGAGGUCGAGUAAGGAUCAUCUCUUUAUUGUCCAGUGUUACUACAGGAGGAACCUAAACUAAACUAACUUUAUUUAUACUGGAUAGCUCUAUCAGUUCUAAACUGUUCUUCCUAGAGGUCCAAUAAGAGUCAUCUCUUAUUGAUCCAGUGUUACUACAGGAAGAAACCUAAACUAAGCUAACUAUAUUUAUACUGGAUAGCUCUAUCAGUUCUAAACUGUUCUCCCUAGAGGUCCAGUAAGAGUCAUCUCUUAUUGAUCCAGUGUUACUACAGGAGGAAACCUAAACUAAGCUAACUAUAUUUAUACUGGAUAGCUCUAUCAGUCCUAAACUGUUCUUGCUAAAGGUCCAGUAAGGAUCAUCUCUUAUUGAUCCAGUGUUGCUGGACAGCUCUAUCAAUGUAUAUUUUUAUAUUCCAGGGUGGUCCAAGCGAAGCUACUCUCACAGUCAACCGAGGGUGGGAUGUCAACGACAUCGAGUCAAGCAAAGAAACGAAGAUCCAGGAAAACUCGAGACAAGCAGCACGGCAAGACGAGUCGACACCAUCGAGUACACUUUCACAGAAAGAACGCCGAGGAUGUCCAGAAAGUACGAGUGAGGACUGUCGAAGGAGAAGAAGGGAAACCGUAAGUCUCGUACGAAAUUUAUGUACAUACAAUAUACUGGAUGGCUCUCAUUUCUAAACUGUUUUCCCUAGAGGUCCAGUAAGGACCAUCUCUUAUUGAUCACUCAGUGUUAGAAGGAGUCAUCUUUUUGAUCCAGUGUUACUACAGGAGGAAACCUAAACUAAAUUAAUUUUAUUUAUACUGGAUAUCUCUAUCAGUUCUAAACUGUUUUCCCUAGAGGUCCAGUAAGAGUCAUCUUAUUGAUCCAGUGUUACUACAGGAGGAAACCUAAACUAAACUAACUUUAUUUAUACUAGAUAGCUCUAUCAGUUCUAAACUGUUUUCCCUAGAGGUCCAGUAAGAGUCAUCUCUUAUUGAUCCAGUGUUACCACAGGAGGAAACCUAAACUAAACUAACUUUAUUUAUACUGGAGAGCUCUAUCAGUUCUAAACCGCUGUUCUAAUCUUAUUUCUUGUUUUUAGUCUAACUGAGCAACAGGUAUGAUAAAUCAGGUGGAAAUAGACAGCAAUAAAACUCCCAUCUGUACCUAGCUUGAGGUCAUCGCAGACUCUAGUAUGCCAAUAAUAUGGAGACAAGUACUUGAACAUCAAUGUUUUUAAAUCUCAUUUAGAGUUUGUAAUAUAUUUAUAUAGUUUUGUAAUAUAUUAGCGUGACAACACAAAUAUUAAAAGAUUAAUAUAUGAACAAUAACUUGUAUAUUAACCAAGUUUUUGAAAGAUAAUAUACAAUAUUAUGGAGAAAACGACGGAUUCUGAAGGCAGAGGCGUUGUAUUGCCCUUGCUUCUGUCCUGUUUUACCUCGUGUUGAAAUCAACGUUGAUAAAGUUUUGGCGUUGAGUUUUUAGACUUAUAAAUUAUUUUUAUUUCACAGUUUUAGCUACUAACUUAUUCAACACAAAAUGUAAUACGAAAGGCAAUAAAACACAAGCUGUAAAAUAAUAUCUUUGAGUGG